AUGGCCACCUCUCCCAGCGCCAAGCGUCAGAAGUCCUCCAAGGACGUCCCGUACGAGCUCAUCUACUGGCCUGGUCUUCCCGGCCGCGGCGAGCACAUCCGUCUCGCACUUGAGGAGGCCGGCGCCGAGUACACCGACACCGCGCACAUCGAGGACGGCGUGAAGUCGGUCCUGGCUCAAAUCGACGCCAAGAACACCGGCGACGACCACAACCCGCCUCCUCUGGCCCCUCCGAUCCUCAAGCACGGCGACCUCGUCAUCAGCCAAACACCCAACAUCCUGCUGUACCUGGGCCCUCGCACCGGCCUGGCCCCCAAGCCCGAUGGCGAGGACGCGGACGGAAUCUACCGCAUUAAUGCCCUUGUGCUGACCGCAUUAGACGGGCUGAGCAAUGAGGUUCACGACACCCAUCACCCGAUUGCUACGGGGCUUUACUACGAGGAUCAGAAGGAGGAGAGCAAGAGGAAGGCGAAAGACUACCUUGAGAACCGUCUGCCGAAGUUUCUGGGCUACUUUGAGAGGGUUCUGAAGGGCAAAGCUAGCGGUGAGGGUUCGUGGCUGUACGGAGGCUCCUUGACGUAUGCCGACUUGGUUCUGUUCCAGUGUGUCGAUGGCGUCAAGUUCGCGUUCCCCAACGCGCUGAAGCGAAUCGAGGGAAGCGGCGAGUACAAGUCGGUUUUCGAACUUUACGAAGCCGUUAAGGAGCGCCCCAAGAUCAAGGAGUACCUUUCUAGUGACCGUAGACAGAAGUAUAGCGAUGGCAUCUACCGUCACUACCCGGAACUGGAUGAGGAGGCGGACAACAAGUUCAUCAGGGACAUCAAAGAUUUCUACAAGAACUUGAAGAAGCGCGUCAAGGCCCAUUCGGACAAGGCCUAUGGUUAUGAGUCGCCGGUGGACGAUUCGCCCGACGAACAAGACCCGAUAAGCGACACCACAGUUGACAAGGAGGACCAAACCGUCGUCUGUGGUGGCUUCAUUGAUCCUAGCAAUGAGGACUACCAGCGUCAGAAGGCUCGCGAGUACUUCAAUGGCCUCAUGGCGAGAGAUCCUUCCGCCUCUGAACCCAUCAUGACAGUUGCUCGUGAUCUUCUUCACUUCAGCUGGCAAUCCAAGUUCCUCGAGAUGGACUCCAUGCCGGGCGGGUCGAGCCAGGUAGUCAUUGUGCCCGUUCAUCGCGCAAAGGAUCAGCCGGAGCAACAGCAGAGAGUUGGACAACGCAAGUGA